AACUUAUCCGGACAUUAAUGGCCCCGCUUCAACGCUAGGUGACCGAUGGCAGUACCAUCAAAGAACAUCCCCUCGGAGAGUGGCAGGAUCACGUGGUUGUCACCUGACCGUGACAAGCCAAAUAAUAUUUUUACGCGUUGUUGAUUGAAACAUCGAGGAUGUCUCUCAAACGACCGUUCGUGGCCAGUCCUGAAUUCGAAUCUCCUGGGUCACGUCGUGGCCCGAAACGACGCCAGCUGUCCUCCCCACUUCCCCCGUCGUCGCCCUGCGCGUCGUCCUCUGUCCUUGCAACUCCAAGAACUCUUCCGCGCCCAUGGACCAUCCCCGCAGACUCUCCAACCAACCCAUUUGGUCGUAUCCGCCGGUUCACCCAUGGCACCACGCUGCCCCCUCCGACGUCUUUCGGACGCCACAUCUCACUCCGGUUUCAGCUUGUACACCCUCGUGCAGACGGGCGGGAGUUCAACAGGGACGGGGUGUACCGUAUCGUUCAGGUUCCGCUCAACUACACGCUUUCCCAUCUGCGCAAACUCAUCGCUUACAUCUUCGAUCCUGCCACGGAUGACGAGAUAGUCGCGCCAUAUAACCUCCGUCGCGUCUCGAACAGAUUGACCGCUAUCCUGUCAUCGAGCAAGGAUAAAGGGAAAGCCAGAGAAUUAUUUCCUGUGUCGCCAGAACCUGUCGGGCACCUUUUUGAAGUGCAAAAAGUGGCAAUAGUGGGACAGCAUGGUGUGAUCAAGAGUGGGCACACUUGGGCAAAAUCAUCCACGGCGCGUGACCCGUACCAUUAUCCUGGGAACGACUCACAAGGUUCUGUCUUUCUCGACGACGAAAGCGACGACUGGCGUUGGGUGGCCGAAGAAGACCUCGAGCUCACUAAAGCCUGGCCAAAGGGAUGCGACCUGUCCAAGGCCAUUAUAUAUCAUCACGACGUACACACCCAGAUUCACAUCUCCGCAAACACGAAGAAGGUUCCACAUAGGAAAGGAAAGGGCAACAAGCCAUUCUUAUUCGAGGCCUACGGCUCAGUUUCGCUUUCCAAUCCCGAAGAGACUCUUCGUCCGGGUGCUGUCGAAACAACCCGGUGGAAUAGAAUCGGAGCUUAUGACCGUUUCUUGAAAGCUGAGGCAGAGAAAGACUGGUCAGCAAGGGCAUUGGAUGGAGACUUCGACGAGGACGAGGAUGAGUAUGCGGAAGGAGAGACCGAUCCUAACAUGUCCUCUGCGACGCUGCCUUCGUUCGGUUUGUCAUCUUCGCCCUUCCUCCCUUCCGAAUCAUCAAAUCCAGUUACACCGUUUCCUGCCGAGCCGUCGCUACGACGGCGGGUCGACUACGAGCGUCGCCGUCUCGUGAAGUUGACCAAGGAGGGCCUGAAAGAUACCUCGGGUGAUGAAGAAGACGAGGUAGAUGAACUCGUGUACGAUAACAACGACCCAGCAAAGGAAGAAAAACCGGGUGACUGGGAUCCAUUCUUGGACGGAGAGGAAAUUUGUUGAUGGGAUGAAUGUUUGGCUACCAAUAAGCACGUUUACAUUUUUACACUACAGGAGCACUGGAAGAACAUAUUAGACAUACCUUUUGUAUAACUUACGGGAGUAGAGCCACCGAGGGGAGAGGA